GAACAAAGUUGUGGUGUCUCAACUUCACUUUGAACUUCAAUCUAUCCACAAUACAAAAAGGGGUUACAUUGAAGCUCCAAAGUUUCGAACGCAGGUCUGAGAUAGAUGGGUGCCGUCGAGAAGAUCCGUGAGAACCAGCGGGCCAAGGGGCCGGCGACCAUCCUCGCUAUUGGGACGGCGAAUCCGGCUAACUGUGUGUACCAGGCCGAGUACCCACACUACUACUUCCGCAUGACGAAGAGCGAGCACAUGACGGCCCUCAAGCAAAAGUUCAUCCGCAUAUGUGACAAGUCAAUGAUCCACAAGCGUUACAUGCACUUGACCGAGGAGCUCAUGGAGAAACACCCCGAGAUCUGCUCGUACGACGACCCUUCGCUCAACCCACGCCAGGACAUAAUCAUCGACACCAUCCCAAAGCUCGGCGAGGAGGCGGCGUUGAAGGCCAUCAAGGAAUGGGGCCAGCCCAAGUCCAAGAUCACCCACAUAGUCUUCUGCUCGACCUCCGGCGUCGACAUGCCUGGCGCCGACUACCAGCUCAUGCGCCUUCUCGGCCUCAGCCCCUCCGUCAAGCGGGUCAUGCUCUACCACCAGGGCUGCUUUGCUGGUGGCACCGUCCUCCGUGUUGCGAAGGACCUUGCCGAGAACAAUGCCGGCGCUCGCGUCCUCGUCGUCUGCUCUGAGAUCACUGUCACCACCUUCCGAGGCCCGUCUGCUGAGAACCUUGCCAACCUUGUCGGCCAGGCCAUAUUUGGGGACGGAGCGGCUGCGCUCAUCAUAGGGUCCGAUCCAGAGAUCCCUGCUGAGCGGCCCAUAUUCCAACUCGUGUGGACGGCGGAGACCGUUUUGCCAAACUCCGAGGGCGCCAUCGAGGGUCAACUGCGCGACGUUGGCCUCACCUUCGGGUUAUCCGACAGGGUCCCCCAUUUGAUCGCAGACCACAUCGAGAAGAGCUUGAAAGAGGCGUUCGAUUCGCUCGGCAUAAGUGACUGGAACUCCAUCUUUUGGGUGCCUCAUCCGGGUGGCCCGGCCAUACUCAAUCAAAUCGAGGCCAAGCUGGGAUUGAAGGAGAGGCUCCGAGCCGUGAGGCACGUCCUCAGAGAGUACGGGAACAUGUCGAGCGCGUGCGUCUCGUUCAUCCUCGAUGAGAUGCGAAGGAAGUCGGCGGAGGAAGGGCUUGCUACCCCCGGCGAGGGGUUGGAGUGGGGCGUCCUCUUCGGUUUUGGGCCAGGCCUCACGGUGGAGACGGUGGUUCUUCACAGCGUGCCAACAGUGACCCAUGGGUGAAAGUAAUUAAUAAUACAUAUGAUAUAAUUCCAUAUAUCGAUAUUGUUGUAAUGUUAUUUCCUGCUAUAUAAUAGUAGGAAGAAGUUUAGAGUGAUUGAUAUCUAAAUAAUCGUCUGUGGCAUUUCUUCUCCAGUAAUAUUGUAAUGAUUGUGUGCUUUCUUAAUAAGGCUGAGCAUUAAUCAGCCCGUUGUGAAACUUUGUCAAUUAGAUAUGCU